UGGCAGCAGAGAUGGGCGCAUAGAGUUCUGCCAUUGCUGAGAGGCUUCAUUUUAUUCCCAUCACCUCCACCAGUAUCCUGUAUACGUACUCUCGCUCUUUCAGCCAUCAUCGUCGAACACAGUCAGCAGCGCGAUCCUAUAGCUGUCCACCUGCACGCGCGCACCAGCAUCCAGCGCGCGGAAACGAGUCUCGUGCUCCCCCAAAGCGUGACAUCCGGCCGGCGAAGUAGACUAGCGGCAACCUUUCGCUUGAACACCAUACGACACCUUGCAGCUCCGCUGGCAAGCAAGUCAAAGCAGCACACGCCUACAUUCCGGGACCUUGCAUUUCCUACUCCCCUAUCGCACCCAACCGAUAGUCGGUCUGGAGGGCUGCCGAACAGCCUCUAUCUUCGAAAAUUCCUCUCAACGCUCAGAACUCUGUUCGCAGUAGCAGCACACACCACCACCAACCCACCAUCCCCCUGCACACCUUCUCCUCUUCCUCUGGCCGGCGACAGAGCAGGGAUUCCUACAGCUACGACGAAGACGACGACGACGACGAGAAGGCGGAUCGUCAACGCCUGACCCGCCGCUCUGACGACCUCGACGAUUCCUUCGAUUCCGAUCACGACUCCGACUUCUCGCUCUGGAGCGACACAGGAGACCUCGUCGACCAGCUCGCGGACGAGGAAGACCCUCUCGCAGCUCGUCUCCAAGAGAGCUUGAGCCCCAACAACACCAGCAAUAGCAGUCCCCGCCGGACUCGAAAACACAAAUCCUCCACCAAACACGUCCGCUACGCUUCCUCUCCCCACGACGAAAAACACCGUCGCUCCCGCCAUCCUGGCUCCUCCGUCCCAAAACGAAUAGAGGACAUCGUAGUCCCCUCCCCACCACGCCGACCCGCGAAUUGGGGCGUCCGCCUUCUAGCCCGCAUCAUGGCUCCCACCGAUGGUCCUGCCAGAAUGCAUGGCCUGCACGGAAAGAAGCUUAUCUAUUUCCUCUCCAUAUUCGUCUCACUCGGCGUGUUCCUCUUCGGCUACGACCAAGGUGUCAUGUCUGGUAUUAUCACAGGCCCGUAUUUCAAGGAUUACUUCCACCAGCCUAGUCCUGCAGAGAUUGGAACUAUGGUUGCGAUUCUCGAGGUCGGAGCGUUUAUUUCUUCAUUACUAGUCGGAAGAGUCGGAGAUAUGUUAGGGAGAAAGAAGACAAUUCUAUACGGAGCGCUGGUUUUCGUCGUAGGAGGUGGAAUUCAAACAUUUGCUACUGGAAUGCCGAUGAUGAUGUUGGGGAGAUUUAUCGCUGGUUUGGGCGUGGGUGCGCUGAGUACCAUUGUGCCUGUAUACCAAAGUGAAAUCAGUCCGCCGCACAAUCGAGGCAAAUUGGCGUGUAUUGAGUUCUCGGGCAAUAUUUUUGGCUACAUGUGCAGUGUGUGGGUGGACUACUUUUGUAGUUACAUCGAGUCGCAUUGGGCGUGGAGGUUGCCAUUGUUGUUGCAGGUGGUGAUGGGUGCAUUGUUAGCUGUGGGGAGUUUCUUGAUUGUGGAGUCGCCGAGGUGGCUGCUGGAUAACGAUCAUGAUGAGGAGGGAAUUGUGGUGAUUGCCAACCUCUAUGGGAAAGGCGAUAUUCACAAUUCGAAGGCCAGAGACGAGUACCGGGAGAUCAAGAUGAAUGUCUUGCUGCAACGGCAGGAAGGAGAACGCUCGUACGCGGACAUGUUCAAGCGGUACUACAAGCGGGUGUUCAUCGCCAUGUCUGCGCAAGCUCUGGCGCAGCUGAAUGGCAUCAAUGUCAUUUCCUACUAUGCUCCGCUCGUGUUUGAGCAAGCUGGUUGGGUUGGCAGAGAUGCGAUUCUCAUGACGGGAAUCAACGGCUUGACCUAUCUGGCUUCGACAAUUCCUCCCUGGUACGUGGUCGAUCGCCUGGGACGAAGAUUCAUCCUCUUAUCUGGAGCCGUGGCCAUGGUGAUAUCUCUCUCGGCCAUUUCUUACUUCAUCUACAUUGACAUUCAUCUUACACCGACGAUGGUUGUCAUCUUUGUCAUGAUUUACAACGCCGCUUUUGGAUAUUCUUGGGGACCAAUUCCAUGGCUGUACCCUCCAGAGAUCUUGCCAUUGAGCAUUCGUGCCAAGGGUGCUUCGCUAUCGACUGCAACGAACUGGGCUUUCAAUUGGCUUGUGGGCGAGAUGACGCCGAUACUGCAGCAGGCUAUCAAGUGGAGGCUAUAUUUGGUUCAUGCUUUCUUCUGCGCUGUCAGUUUUGUUGUUGUCUGGUUCAUAUACCCCGAGACGGCGAACGUGCGACUCGAAGACAUGAACUCCAUCUUCGGAGACGCAUCGACAAUGGCUCCUACUCCGGAGACUCUGGCGCAGGCCGAAUCGAUCUUUAGUGGAAAUCGAUCUCCUGUGUCCUUCCGCCUCGGUGAUCAAGAGGGCGAACAGAUUCCGGACAUGGAUCUGCAACCACCGGAAGUCGAUGUCAAGGAUGGCAAGCCUGUGCUCCACGACGGCCGGUCCGGCGAAGGCAUCGCCGGAUGGAUCACCAAUGUUGCUGAUAGAAUAAAGCGGGGCGGCGAUGAUGCGAGUGGUGGCGGUAGCGGCCGAUACAAGCGAGUUGGACAAGACGAUGAGCAAUAACAGCGUUGCAUGUUGUUGCUCGAUGUGUGUGUAUGUGUGUGCAGAGUGUGUUGCAAGCGUUCUGGCGAAGACGAUAGAGACAUCAGAGCAUAUAUGGCUGCGCGGCUCGCAGCCGGGUAUUAUCGCAUUAGACGUGUGGAUGGAGAGUACAAAGCAAAUGCAUACAUUGCAUACUUUUUCGCAAACAGGAGUAAUCCAGGAAAAGGCUGCUGAGUGAGCACAACCAGUUGGCUGGCUUCGAUCCUGGCAGAGUUUGGACCUGCGACAUGAUCAUAUAGAUUCGCUGUAAGCAUAUAAGAGCUCAGUCCGACCUCGCGCGAAGGGCAGUAUCGUGCGUAUUGAUAUAUUUCGACG